AUGGCUCUCCCUUCCAGACCUCGUCUCCUCUUCCUCCUCCUCCUCCUCCUUAUAAUCAUGUUGCCAUCCCCUUCACACCAAGCCCAAGACCCUCGCCUCAUUGACCGCAUUGUAAGGUACUACGCCUUCCAAUCCUACAACACCAAGCACCACAAGACGGCCAUCCUAUAUAAGCUGCUGCUCCCACCGAGCCUCUCCGGAGUCGCCGCAGAGACCGUUCGGUAUCGAGCCGGCAGCCUUAGAAGAUAUGGAGCAGCCAUCAGAGAAUUCCGGGUCGCACCUGGUGCCUUUGUUCGCCCCCGCGUCGAAAGGCUCAUUAUCGUGCGCCAAAACUUGGGCAACCUCUCCUCCAUGUAUACCGGUUACGGAAACGUAUCUGGGUUCCAGCUCGUCUCUCCAGUCCUGGGCCUUCUCUUCUACAAUUCAACCAGUCUCCGUAGCUCUCCUUCCAAGAAUCUAUCCGAGCUCGGGGUCUUGGUCCCUAGAAAACCGAUCACGGUGGAUUUUUCCAGAGUUGUUGGAGACUUGCAGCGUCUGAGACCGCUCUGUGCGGUGUUCAAGUUGGACGGCAGUGUAAGCUUAUCGAAUCAAACGGCGAAUAACGUCUGUGCCUCGCGGCAGCAAGGCCACUUUGCUCUGGUGGUUCGCUCUGGUAAGAGCACUGAUGGUAUUGAGAAGAAGGUGAAAGCGAGUAGAUGGAAGGUUGUGGUGCUGAGCGCAGCGGCGGGUGCCUUCGGAGCUGUGCUUCUGGGGCUGAUCGUGGUGGCGAUCGCGAGUGCGAGGAGGAAGAGGUAUCAGAAGGAGGAGAUGGAGCGGAGGGCAUACGAGGAGGAGGCGCUGCAGAUCUCCAUGGUGGGGCAUGUGAGGGCGCCGGCGGCGGACAACCAUGCAUCGUCUUCUUUGUGAUUGGGAAUUGAGGCUGAGAAGGAGAGUUCUUCGUUAACAGGGCGUCUUCCAUAGAUCCGAUUCGUUUAGGCUUGCCUUUUCCAUGACAUUCGUCAAGAAGAGAGUUCAAGCUAGACCGUUGUUGUGUAUCUGCUUGCUGACCAUAUACGUAGAAAAAUUCUUUGUACAAGUUUGUCUCUUCUCUUUGUUUUGAGAAGCAGUUUGGAUUCUUCGACAAGACAAAGGUAAUCCACUGAAUCGAAUCCUGAAGUUGGAUUUCCAGGAGCACGAGCCAUUGCCUAUUGGCAAUGCAUCAGAUGAGCGCUGGUGGGAGUUGGCAGGCAGAGGUUGCCAAGCAUGAUUCCUUGUACUGAUCUUUCGAGGACAAGAAGAGGCAAAAUCAUUGUGUUUUUUUUUUAGUCCUUGCGUUUGGGCCACGGUAUGCUUGCAUUUGUUUAAAACACUGAGAGUAAAGUUCCCCAAGCAUAAGAUCACUACACUAUAGAUAAUUGGGUACAAAAACAUUAAGAAAAAAGAUAAUUAACAACCAUGGUUUCCCCUUCAGUAUUGUGUUACUAAGUGAAAAUUAUGAACC